AGAAACAUAAAAAAUCCUAGAACAUUUUCCCCCCAGCCACGUCUUCAUCCUCCAGCGCCCUCUAACACGGUGUACUGCCUGCUUUGUAGCUUAUGCUAUCCUGUGCUGGACUGCAGAGUCCGUCUCAUCCACCUGCGUGCUAGUGCAGCACAGCAGUACAGUGAGCGUGUCCUGAGUGCACCCCAGGACAGAUGCCAAUUUCACAUUUCCCCCAAAUAACCACUGCCUUGCCUUCCCACUGCAUUGGUUAAAAUCGUCGCUUUUUAUUGCGAUAGGUAGCUUUUUUAAAUAGCAAAGUUGCCCGCGAUGGACUCUAAGCGAGAUAAAGACCAAGAUGCAGACUGUGACAAGAUAACCGCGGCGCUGCUCAAGUCCCGUACAGGAGAAUUUGACUUGGAGUCAAUACUGUUCCUCAAAUUGAGGGGUCUUGGCAUACAUGAUCUUGGAUGCAUUGGGGAGUGUGUGAAUUUAGAGAGACUGGACCUCUCUGGAAAUAACAUUACAAAUUUAGCGCCUCUGGCGGCUCUUCGGCAUCUUUCUGUGCUCAAUUUGUCCUCCAACAAGAUUUCCAAUUUAGAGUCCCUGCGUGGUUGUGAGAAUAUACAGAACUUAAAUGUGGCUGGUAAUUUCAUAUCCAGUAUUGAGAACCUACACUGCCUUCAGUCUUUGAAAAAGCUAGAAAAUAUACGUUUUAAAGACAACACGUACAAUUACACCAAUCCAGUGUGCAGGAACGCAUCAUACAGAACCGUAGUUCUUGAGAUGUUCCCCAGCAUAAAAGUGCUGGAUGGUGAAAGAGUGGUCGGACGUGGAAGUGAUUUAUACCAAUUAUGCAAAGACAUUGAUGAUACCAUCAAAGCUGGUUUAUACAAGAAUGGACAGCUUGUUGAACAUCCCGAUUGCAAACCAUGGGUGGAGGACAGUUACUGGGAGAUAAAGAGAUCAAACAAUGCCAUUAUUGACGAAGCCUACAAACAGUUUAACGAUGUUCUUCAUGAAUGCAGACUCCUCAACAACAGAGCCACCCAUGUAAUUUCACAAACUGAAAGAUCUAUGAGCCUGAAGAAGCAGCCAAAGCAGUAUGCCAUCUGAGCUGGAUAUUUUGGACACAUCUGUGUACAACAUUUAGCAACAUUUUGUUGUAUGAUGAAACCAUGGCUAAUGUACUGUAGGUUUUUCAAAUUACCAAGCUACAUCCAAAUGCUUGAUAAGUAUCAUUGCCAGGCACACAUGCUCCUGUGUUGCAGUGCGAGGCAUUUGUUGAAACUGUAUUGCAUCCUAUGCAUUAUGUAACUGAUGAUACGUUUAAGUGGUUUGAAAACCUUUAUCCAUACUGACACCCCUCAGUUUGGUUCAAAGAUGUAUUUACUUGCACAGUGUGCAUUCUGUACCAUGUUGUAGCCUGCCGAGAACUAUGCUGCUUAAAAAUUUCUAUAGUUUAAGUGAUUUAAAGCUUAUUUUCCCCAUUUUGCAUUGCUGGAUAAUUUUGGGAGUUAAUGUGUCCCAUGCUGUAUGCUUUCUUUGUAAUUUGAACUUUUGCAAAAAGUAAUUGAAUGACUGCCUCUGCUGUUUGUACUUGUUUUAUACCAUAAAUUUUAUUAUGUGUACAAUCAG